CGGAGGGUAUAGUUGACGUGACCUUUGUUUUGUUUUGUAGUAUAGUAGUAGUUGUACAAGUAAUCAAUUUGGAAGCAAACUUGAGAGAUUCAUGGCUGCAGCUUGAAUCUGUAACACUUCUACCAUACAACAAGUCUCACUUCCUCUCUCUCUCUUUUCAAUCAAGCUAGCUAGGGAGCAAAGAUGGCUCGUUUGGGAGCAGAAAACGGUGCCGUUUCAAGUCAACCUGCAGUUGUAGUUAACGACAACAAAACUCUUGCAGGUUUUGAGCUUACAAUGAAAGCUAAGAAGAACAAGUUUGCUUUUGCUUGCGCCAUACUUGCUUCCUUAACUUCCAUCUUACUUGGUUAUGACAUAGGAGUGAUGAGUGGAGCUAUAAUCUUCAUAAAAAAGGACCUCAAAAUCAAUGACGUUGAAGUUGAAAUCCUUGUCGGUAUACUCAACUUGUAUUGUCUAGUUGGUUUAUGCGUAGCCGGUAGAACCUCUGACUGGAUCGGCCGCCGUUACACCAUCGUGUUGGCCAAUGCUAUUUUCUUUGUGGGAUCUCUCCUAAUGGGCUUCUCCACCAACUACACUUUCCUUAUGUUCAGUCGUUUCGUCGCUGGUGUCGGCGUCGGCUUUGCAGCCAUGAUUGCUCCUCUUUACACUGCUGAACUCUCCCCUGCUUCCUCCCGUGGUUUUCUCACCUCAUUUCCCGAGGUGUCUAUUAAUCUUGGGAUAUUAUUGGGGUAUGUUUCGAACUAUGCAUUUUCGAAGCUACCAACGAACAUAGGAUGGCGGCUGAUGCUUGGCGUUGGAGCCAUCCCAUCCGUUUUCUUGGCUGUUGGGGUUCUAGCAAUGCCUGAGUCGCCGCGUUGGCUGGUCAUGCAAGGUCGACUCGGUGAAGCCAGGAGAGUGCUUGAUAAAACCCUUGACAGCAAAGAGGAAGCUCAGCUUAGACUCAGUGACAUCAAAGAAGCAGCUGGAAUACCCCAAGAUUGCACCGACGACAUCUUUCAGUUGGAAAAGCAAACCCACGGAGAAGGUGUGUGGAGAGAAUUACUUUUACACCCCACAUCCGCCGUUAGGCACGUCUUGAUUUGCGCCGUCGGGGUUCAUUUCUUCCAGCAAUCGUCUGGAAUAGACGCUGUUGUUUUGUACAGUCCAAGGAUUUUCGAAAAAGCCGGGAUCACAUCAUCAAACGACAAGCUACUCGCGACAGUAGCCGUCGGGUUUACCAAGACAAUCUUCAUCUUGGUGGCCACGUUUUUACUCGAUAGAAUCGGACGGCGGGUUUUGCUCCUGAGCAGCGUGGGAGGCAUGGUGGCGUCGUUGGCUAUACUCGGGUUUUCCUUAACGAUCAUCGAUCAUUCGGAGGUGAAACUAGCGUGGGCCGUCGGUUUGUGCAUUGCAAUGGUUUUGGCUUUCGUGGCGUUUUUCUCGAUUGGGAUGGGGCCCGUAACGAUUGUUUACACGUCGGAGAUCUUCCCGUUGAAGCUACGCGCGCAGGGGAUGGGUAUGGGAGUGGCGGUGAACAGGGUGACGAGUGGGGUCAUCUCCAUGACUUUUAUUUCGUUGUACAAAGCGAUCACCAUCGGUGGGGCCUUUUUCUUAUUCGCCGGGAUCGCAGCGACUGGAUGGGUGUUUUUCUACGUGUUUCUGCCGGAGACGCGGGGGAAAACGCUGGAAGAAAUGGAAUGGCUUUUUGGUAAAUUGGUAGGUUGGAGAAAGGAGGCGGAGAAGAUGAAGAAAGUUAAGGUUAAUGGAAUCUGAUUCCGUUAGGAAAAAUAGUAUUACUUCCACUUGCCGCCAACGCCAAGGUUAGAUAACCAAGGGUAGUUUAGUAAAUAUAUUAUUUACCAUGCAAUGCAAGGAAAUUAAAAGAAUAGGUUAAAUUUUUAUUUUUCCUGGUCUUGCAAGAAAAAUUGGGGAAUGACUCGUGACGCUAAAAGUGUAAGACGGUGAGAAUGAUCAACUUUUAAAAUAUAAAUGGUUCAUAAAAUUAUCUAUAAAAAU